CCUACUCUGCGAAAUUUGUUGCAUUAAGCGAUCGAUUCAUUUGAUCUUUUUAACCUUUCGAGUUCUGUAGAGAGAGAAACAGAGAGAGAGAGAGAGAGACAGAGAGAUGAAGAUCACGGCGUUGCUGGUGUUGAAAUGCAGCCCGGAAGGGGCAGAUCCGGUGAUACUGGCGAACGCGUCGGAUGUCAGCCACUUCGGCUACUUCCAGAGAUCGAGCGUCAGAGAGUUCAUCGUCUUCGUGGGUCGCACCGUCGCCAGGCGGACCCCGCCCGGCCAACGCCAAUCCGUCCAACACGAAGAAUACAAAGUACAUUCACACAAUAGGAAUGGCCUUUGUGCAUUGGGUUUUAUGGACGAUCAUUAUCCAGUUCGAAGUGCAUUUUCUCUGCUAAACCAGGUGCUAGAUGAAUACCAGAAAAAUUUUGGGGAUUCAUGGAGAACAGUGCAAGCUGAUAGCACUGAACAAUGGCCAUUUCUGAAUGCAGCUCUCUCCAAAUAUCAGGAUCCAGCUGAAGCUGACAAAUUGUUGAAAAUUCAGAGAGAAUUGGAUGAAACAAAAAUUAUCCUUCACAAGACCAUCGAUAGUGUGCUUGCACGGGGUGAGAAGCUGGAUAGCUUAGUUGAGAAGAGUUCGGAUCUCAGCACAGCUUCACAGAUGUUUUACAAGCAGGCAAAGAAAACCAAUCAAUGUUGCACGAUACUGUAAGCUUUCUUUAGCAAGGAGGCCAGCCAAUCAAUGUCAUUUACCUGUUCUGGGUUGGGUGUUUAAAAUACGUCGUCGUCGUCAUCAUUCGGAUUACGAAAUUGUGAUUGCUGUCAAUAUAAUAUAUGCUUUUCAUCAAUUAUUCACUAUGGCGUAGUUGUAUGGUUUUGGCUCUCGUAUGUGCCUGUUUUUGGAUUGAGAAAUUAAAAAAAGGUGGAGGAACUGAUUGAUGUUGGAA